CCAAAUUUUGGAGGUUCACCGGUUGUAGUGAACGUUGCACUACGAAUAAAUGACAUCAGCUCAAUAUCCGAGGUGCAAAUGGACUAUACACUGGAUAUCUAUCUGAGACAGUCUUGGAAUGACCAGCGAUUGGUGUUCGACGGCAACAAUACUGUGGAUGAGAUAGUAAUCGGCGGUGAGUUUGUGCGCCGUCUAUGGCUUCCCGACACUUUCAUAGUGAACAGCAAACACAUGACUUUACAUACAAACACACGACAGGAGACCAACACUCUCUUCAGGAUCAGACCAAACGGUGAUGUUUUUUAUAGUAUACGGUUAACAGCAGUAAAUUUAUGUCAAAUGAAUUUAGUAUACUUUCCAAUGGAUCAACAGAUUUGUGAUUUAGUUCUGGAGAGUUAUAGCUAUUCUGUCGACGAUAUUGAAUACAAUUGGGAACAGAAUAAUAGCAUAAGUGAUGGCAUCUCUUUGCCUAACUUUAAGAUAGAAGGCUAUAAAAUGGAUAAAUACAUCUCAUACUCAGCACUCGGUGGUUACUGGCAAUUAAAGUUUGAAAUAAUAUUUAAGCGGUCGAUCGCUUACUAUAUAAGCCAGGUAUAUUUGCCGGCGUUUAUGAUCGUGGUGGUGUCGUGGCUACCAUUCUGGUUGAACCCAGCUGAUUCCGUGGCCAGAGUGGGACUGGGCAUCACUACUGUGCUUACAAUGACAACUCUGGUCACAAACACCAACGAAUCCCUGCCUAAGAUAUCGUACACCAAAUCAAUAGACAUUUAUCUAAGCGUCUCGUAUGCACUCGUAUUCCUGGCACUUCUUGAAUACGCUAUUGUCGGACACUUUGAACGUGUCCGAUCCCAGAAGCUAAUUGACAGGUACUCUCGGGGUCGAGUGGUUGUGGCGCUCAACACAACUCUAUACCAAUUUCAAGGCAUACCAUACGCUGAGCCACCCAUCGGUGCGCUCAGGUUUGCUAAGGAAGUGUUAUUUGUUGUCCCGAACUAUAAUUAUCCAUUGAUGUACUGA